UUAGACUUAAAACUUAAUGUAUUCCCUCAGUAGGUGGUUGGAUUUAACUUUUCAACUGAGAUUAAAAUACAUCAAAGACACACAGAGCGUUAUAAAGCUUUAAAUGUUGAAUUUGUUUUCAAAGCGAGCCGCGCGUGCGCCGGGUGUCCGACGACCCGACUUCCCGCUGGCCGGAAGAAUCAUGCUUGGUACGGACACGUUGGCCACGUCUCAUCGGCCCCCAGAUGAACCUCCUUACAUCCUUACAGAGUGGAUGCUUGAGAGGAACAAGAUACAAGACAACAUUUACCCCUUUUUAUUCUUAUUAAUUUUUAUGAGCAACAUGGGCAAAUUCAUAUUUUUAUUUUCUACAUUGACCUUUGAGGAAUUUUCACAUGGAAAUGUGUCCUUUAUACCCAAACAUGACACGGAUCAGAUUAGACGUUCGUUGUGCAUUUUGCAAAUCUCCCUCCUUAUGUGCCACCGAUGAGUGUGAGAUCAUUGAAUUAAUAACUAUGAACAGAAGAAGGAAUUACGUAACCUCCAGGUGUCACACUAAGGAGUGGAGUACCUUUUCCUCCCAAUGAGAGCCGAGAGAUUUUUUUUGUGGGGGUGGUGGGGUUUCUCGCUAAUCUGUGAUAAGAGCUGCAGUACAGUGUAUACGUGGUACAAUUACUUGUAGACUGGCUCCUCCCUGGCACCGCCGGGCAACCACAGUAGCACCACGUAAGGACUAGUCUUCGAACGUAUCCAAUGGUUCUGUUCCGCAAACAUACAGGGUGAGCAUCCAGGACCUGCUAUAAGGGUGAGCUGAGGUUACAGGUUCGACAGAGUUGACAUAUAAUAGUGUUUGGUUUCUGCGUAACGGCAGAGGACGCAUUCUAACUCGCUCUUUCGGCUUUCCUCAAGUCCGCGUACGCCGACUGAGCUACUUGCACCGAUUUACCCUUUGGUGUAUCGCUUCAGGCCAAGCACCUUAAUGAGGGGAAGGGAUUUGAACCCAGGACCUCUGAGCACAAAGCAACCGUGCACUCCCAGCGGAAGAGUCCACGUGGAAGUGCGUUGCCAUGGUGACGGCUUCCCCGCGCGUGACCCGUCCGCUCCAUCUGACUCUUGACCCCUUGAAGCCUCGUUCCUUCCUCAGUCACGUGCUGCGCUGGCGGCGCCGGGUUCGAACCCGGGGCGGGAAAUGAGGCUCUACGGCGCGGGCUCCGCUGCACCUUCAUCCAUAAAUUGUGUCGCGGCUCCGCGGUCCGCUGGUUUUUUUUUUUUUUCUCCCCUCGUCUCUUUGUUCCUCUGCUGCUGUUGUUACUUUGUUGCCGACAGCCUGGUCAGGAAGGAAUCGCUUCCUCGUUUCGGAGAUCCGCACCGCCCCACGGUGAGCGACCAUGGACGACUGCGGUACGGUCACCUUGGGCGCCGCUCAGAGUCUCCUGGUGGACUCCUCAGUCAUCGAGUCCAGAGCCACGGAGUCCUUUCAGGAGAACCUGCUCUCUGAGGAUCCGGAUUAUGUGCUACCCCGAGUUGCCCGAAUUGUGUUGGUUGGAGAGGCAGGAAACGAUGAGAAACUUGUUAAGGCGCUCGAGCCUCGUUUUCUGCAGAACGUCCGGGUGAUGGAGGUCCCGGCGGUAAAGAUCAAUGCCGGUGGACGAGACGGCGAGGUCGGGAAAAGACUCGUCAAAUCCAUCGUCAAUAUGGACAUCGCUGUGCCUCAUUCAAAGGCAGCCAACGUCCAGGAGGUCGGCGACCGAGAGAACGCCGAAUUCGAGACCGUCUUUGCUCUGACGGAUUUCGAGGGCCCCGACUUCGAGUACUUGUACAAGAACGAUCAUCGCAUCGUGGGCCCGCCUGCUCUACUUCACUGUGCAGGUACACAGGAGCCGCUGCCUUUCAGCUCUCGCCCGCUCUACUCGACCACCAUGAUGAACCUCUCGCUCUGCUUCACCGGCUUUCGCGACAAGGAGGAAGUGGUGCAUCUGGUGAGCCUGGUCCACCACAUGGGAGGCACGAUUCGCAAAGACUUCAGCUCCAAGGUGACCCAUCUCAUAGCGCGCUCGACCCAUGGAGAGAAGUACAGACUGGCUGUGUGUAUGGGCACCCCAAUUCUCACCCCCGACUGGAUCCGUGCGGCCUGGGAACGGAGAGAUGAAGUCGGUUUUGGCGCCGGAGAUGAGGAGUUCCGCGCCGAUUUCAAAGUCCCCCCCUUCCAAGACUGCGUGCUCAGUUUCUUGGGGUUUUCUGACGAGGAGAGGAACAACAUGCAGGAGAGGACCCUGAAGCACGGUGGUCAUUACCUGGAGGUUCAGGCCGAGCGGUGUACGCACGUGGUUGUGGAGGAGAACGAGGUCGAGGAGCUCCCGUUCCUUCCAUCCAAGAGGUUGUACGUGGUGAAGCAGGAGUGGUUCUGGGGGAGCAUCCAGAUGGACGCCAGGGCUGGAGAGUCAAUGUACUUGUAUGAAAAGCCGGCUGUCCCCCCCAUGACGAAAGCAGUGUCUCUGCUCUCGCUGUCCGUGCCCAGCCGGAGACGCCAGGUCCGUGACACCCUGGCACAGCUGGCCAAGGAGACGGAAAUCUCUCCCUUCCCGCCGCACCGGCCCCACUCCGUUGACCUCUCUUCAUCUACGGAUGCGCCGCUGGACAUCGCAGAUGCCCCGGAGUCCAGCAAGGCCCCAGGGGCGAUCCCACAGGUUACCGUGGUCCAGCCCAAGCCGUCGGCGCGGUGGCAGGUCUCCAAGGAGCUGUACCAGACUGAGAGCAACUACGUGGACAUCCUGACCACGGUGCUGCAGUUGUUCAAACACCCUCUGGAGAAGGAGGGCCUGGUUGGGGGUCCGAUUCUCGCCCAGGAAGAAAUCAAGACCAUAUUUGGCAGCAUUCCCGACAUAUAUGAUGUUCAUUCCAGGAUAAAGACUGACCUGGAGGAGCUUGUAAUGAACUGGGCUGAAGACAAGAGUGUCGGGGACAUCAUACUAAGAUAUUCCAAGGACCUGAUGAAGGCGUACCCCCAGUUCGUCAACUUCUUGGAGAUGAGCAAGGACACGAUUGUGAGGUGCGAGAAGCAGAAGCCCCGGUUCCACGCGUUCCUCAAGAUCAACCAGGCAAAGCCGGAGUGCGGUCGGCAGACGCUAGUGGACCUGCUCAUCCGUCCCGUCCAGCGGCUGCCGAGCGUGGCGCUGCUCCUCAACGAUAUAAGGAAACUCACUUCGGAGGAUAAUCCCGAUAAAGUGACUCUGGGAAAAGCGAUCGAGUCGCUCAAGGAGGUUAUGACCCACAUCAACGAGGAUAAGAGGAAGACCGAAGGACAAAAGCAGAUCUUUGAUGUCGUUUAUGAAGUCGAUGGCUGUCCAGCCAACCUCCUGUCCUCUCACCGCACUUUGGUCCACAGGGCGGAGACCGUCACACUAGGGGAGAAGCCGUGCGACCGAGGGGAGAACGUGACGCUGUUCCUGUUCAACGACUGCCUGGAGAUCGCCAGGAAGAGGCACAAGGUGAUGGGCCCUUUGCGGAGUCCCCUGGGGCCCCUGCGGCCGCCGGCGUCCCUCAAGCACGUCGCCUUGAUGCCCCUGUCCCAGAUCAGGAGGGUCCUGGACCUGCAGGAGACGGACGACUGCCGGAACGCCUUCGCCCUCGUGGUCCGCCUGCCCACCGAGCAGGACAACCAGCUGUUCAGCUUCCAGCUGUCGGGCGAGGACACGGACAAGGCCGCCUGGCUCAGGAUGCUGUGCCGACACGUGGCCGACACCAUCUGUAAGGCGGACGCGGAGGACCUGAUCCGUUUCGCGGAACCCGAGUCGAUCCAGGUGAGCACCAAAGACGUGGACAGCACGCUGAGCCGGGCGUCCAGGGCCAUCAAGAAGACGUCCAAGAAGGUCACCAGAGCGUUCUCCUUCACCAAAACACCCAAGCGCGUGAUCCAGAGAGCCAUCAUGGCCAGCAGCUCCCAGCACGACGCCGACCACAUGGUCCAUUUUACAGGCACCGUCGCACUUAACGGUGUUCACUCCCCGUCCCUCGUGGACCUGCCGUCCUCCUUCGAAAGGAAGUGCAUGGCUUUCAGUCGCUCCACCAGCCACCUGCUCUGAGCGCCAACGCACCUGGCCUGCGGGAAGGGACCGAAGGCACCGCAAACAACCAAACCGUUGAGGAGCAGUGCGUGCGUGUGUGCGCGUGUGCGUGUCAGUGCCUUACCUUUUCCUAUUCAGUUUUCCACACCAUUUUUAUCCUAUAAAUUAAAGUAAAACCUUUAUGUAGCUUCCAGGACCCUAAUGUAUCUGCAUUCUUUUUUUUUUUUUUUUUAUAAUAAGCAAUCAGUUUAAUACAACUUAUUUAACAAGUCUAGUGUGUGUCUGUGUUAUUUUUCUCUUGGCUGACGGGCAAUGUAGGACAACGCCGAAUGUCUCUAAAUAAACUAUUCCCUGUGGCCUAUUUUUAUUUGCUGUGCACUUGCCCUUUUAUCAGAGCCUAAUACUGGUAAUUUUAGCACACUUCCAUGUUGUGUUUUAUGUGUAUAUA